AUCCCAAGAAGCUUGGUACUAGUUCGCCAUUUUGAGAGUCGCUCGUAGGAGCGUAGUGAUAGUGAGAAUAUCUUAUAUUUCUGUCGCCAUCCGUCCCUUUACCUCUAUUAUUAGGAUAGGGUUAAUUUUUUCAGUCAUCCGUCAUUGGAACGAGCCCAGCUUAGCGGUUCGUUCCACAGGUUCCUCAGCAUCUAAAUGAGCGUCUGUGAUCAGCAUGUCAGCAUCGUCUGGGCCACAAGGAAAGGGGGAGAAAUCAAAGAAGUUCCAGUCACUCAACAUAAAUAAUAUAUUUAAGGGUAAAUCCAUUGAAACCACUCAAAAAACCGUAAUCCAAAAACAUGGAAUGCAAAGUUUGGGUAAAGUGGCGUCUGUACGGCGCAUGCCCCCGCCUGCAAACUUACCUAGCCUGAAAGCAGAGAACAGCGGCAACGACCCUAACGUAAAUUUGGUACCAGCUGGUGGACAAGGAUGGGGCAGCAAGGUGGAGGAGAUGACCCCCGGUGGGUCCUCAACACCUCAGGAAGUGAUGGUGACACCGUCGCCAACACCACCGCUAGACAUCACUCCCAAGGCACCCGGGGCAGGGGGACCUAUGAGUGUGGAUGUGGGCGGCCAAGCAUCAACCAAGAACAUAGUAGCCAGCAGCAACAACAACAGUACAAGCUCAACUCCAAAUUCUCAACCAGCAGUUGGUGGUGGUGGAGUGGUGGACAAUGGGAGCGGUGGGACUCUUCUAAAUACACCUCUGGCAGCCAACAGCAGCGGCAACAUCAUCACAACCACCAGCGUCAACAACAAUGUCGCUGCCAAUACAAACAACAACAAUACCAUCCCUGGCAGCAGCAUACCUUCCAAUGCUGCUCCAAAUGCAACGCUGGGCAGUGCUGUUGCAAACACAGGAAACAAAAAUGCCAACAAUCUCCCUGCAAAUUUGAACAGCACACCAAACCUUUCCACAUCUGCUAUGAACAGCAACAACAGCAACAGCAAUGUAAGUGGGAACAGCCUAAGCAACAGCAACAGCAACAGCAGCAGCAGCAGCAGCAGCAAGCCAUGGAGCAGUGCCGCAGCCGGUGGAGGAGGAGCACCAACCAGUGGUUCCCCUGGAGCACCACUCCCACUGGAUGGUGGUCCCCCACAGUCCUCCUCAGCCCAACAGUCGCCGUUUUUUCAUCGGGAGUUCCCCAAGCUUGGUGGUGGCAACUCAGUAGCAGAGUCAUCGCCACAGUACGGGCCUGGACCCAGCUUAAGGCCACAGACCGAGGGCAGUUGGAUACAGGGUGGGGGUCGUGGAGUAGCACUGCCGCAGGAUGAGCGUCUGUCUAGUCCACAGAACACAACUACUUUUAAUGGUGAGGUUCACCCACCUAACCGCAAUGGUGGGAUGGGAACUAGAGGAACCCCUCCUGGCGGUCCUCCCAUUUUGCCUGGGGGACCCAUAGGGCCCCUAGCACCUCCUGCCCCUCCUGCAGGGGCUUCGCCUCAUCAAUUUCGAGGAGUUGUGCCUCCUUACAUGAUGCGAGGUAAUUUCCCAGGUGGUUUUGCACCACCCAACUAUCCUGGUCACGGUCACCCACGUCCCCCCUACGUGCGUGACCAGCGGAACAGAGGGGGCCCCGGACCUUCUCCUUCUAGUGGUGGUAACUCGGCCCCAGAUGAUGAUGUUGUGAUGCCUCCCCCUAUCAUAAAAAAGGAGGCCUUAGAGGGCUUUGAGGAUGCUCCAUUUGUGGCUGAAGGUUGGGCCACUAGCGCUGGGGAGGUGGAUUACAACCAAAAGCUGAACUUUAGUGAAGAUGAGGGAACCGCGGAAGAAGAAUCUACCAAGAUCCGCACCUUGGAUCGCAAGCCGGACAGACGUGAACGAUGGGAAAAGGACAGUAAUAGGCAUUCGAUGCGCGAUUGUGAAGAACGACGUGAUGAGCAUCAGGUGUCUAGGGACCGUGACCGUGAUAGAGAAGCAGCUCUUAGAGAAAAAGAUCCUCAGGGACCCAGAGAGCGUGACAGUAGACGUAGUGACGGUGAUGAACGUAAUAGGGAUAGAGGUGAAAGGAGGUUUUCUCCUGGGGAGAGUGGAAGGUGGCAACAGCCACAGCAGCCACAACAGCGUGGAAGUUAUGAUUAUCGAGGGGGACCUGUUAGAGAGUAUGGUGGGGGUCAAGGAUCAGGCAUGAGAGUUCAGCCUACUCCCCAGCACCCUUCCCAGAUGCAGCCACAUUCUUCAAUGCAUAAUUCAUCUCAUGCUCCUCCAGUGCAUUCCCCAUCACUGAAUUCUGUGCACCCUCCUCCUCCUCAUUCCACCUCCCAUGGUCCUCCACACACUAGAGAUGAGGAUGACCUGUGGCGGGAGAAGCAGCGUCCUGUUGAUGACGUUCAAGUGGUAAUUGAGAGAGCUCGGCAACUACACGAAGAGGAGGAGAAGCGCUAUGAGGAGAAGAAAAGGUAUGAGCAGAACAAAGCAGGUGGUGGUGGUGGUGUUGGGAAGAAGGGGAGUAGAGAUCCCCGUGAUGCUCGUUCAGACUUUGUGAUGGAUGAGCGGGAUAGGGAAGAUGCUGCUGACCCUAUAAUUCAACGGUCUCGUGGUAACAGUGAGUCUAGGGAUGAGAAACCCCCUAGUCGUGAUGGUGGUGGGAGAGAUUACAGGCCAUAUCAAGAUAGAAGAGAUAGUAAUAGAGACAAUUAUCGUGACUCGUAUCGCGACCACCCCAGGGAACAAUAUGAUCGGUCGUAUGACCGCCGUGAUGGUCCCAGGGAUCAACAGCCUGUUUUCUCUUCACAGUUCAAGAGCAAGCUUCCUCCCAGAUUUCAGAAGCAGCAGGAAAUGAUGCGCAGUGGAGGUGGUGGUGGUGGUGGCGGCGGCAGCGGCGGCGGCAGUGGAAGUGGAAGUGGGGGAGGCCAGCCUCCUUUCCGACCUGGAAGAGCCCAGACACCUCCAUCUUUUGAACCUCGCUUUGGUGCAAGCUCAGGGAACAGAUUCAUGGCCCGAGACAGUGAGGUUAGUGGAAAGGACAGGCGUCUGCGAACUGACAGUGACACCUCUGGUGAGGUAGAUGAGCGACCAGCUAGUCUUCCCUCGGCUGAACGGCACCGUGAUGACCGUGACGAUCGUUUGGAUCGCUCAGACCAGAGAGAUUUCCGAUAUGAGAGACAGGAGAGAAGCGAACCUCCCAGCAGAGCCGACCGGCAAGAGAGGCCUGAGAGAGCCGACCGGCAUGAUAAUCGACCCGAUAGGUCUGAUAGGCCUGAGAGAAUUGACAGGCCUGAUAGAUCUGAUAGACCAGACAGAUCUGAUCGUUUAGAUAGGCAAGAUAGACCUGAAAGAAAUGAUAGACUGGAGAGGACUGACAGACAGGAAAGACUCGAUCGACCUGACAGACUCGAGAGAAAUGAUAGAAUGGAGAGGUCUGAUCGCAUGGAUUCUCGCAGAGAUGAUUUCUACGAUAGAGAAAGAGAUGGAAGGUACAGAGGACGUUCUUCUCAAGGAAGCUACAGAGAUCGUGACAAUUGGGGUCGUUCUUCUUAUUACGAGAAGUAUGACGAACGGAAUAGCCAUGACCAGAGAGAGUAUGAUUAUGAUAGGAGGAGAAAUGUAAAUGGAGAAGACUGGGACAGUCGCGGAAGGGGAGAGUUCGAACGUGAAGGCUCAAAGAAUCGUCGUAUUGACAACCGAAAAAACUUUGAUGAUCCAAGGUCAGACAGGGGGGAGAAUUUUCUUGAAAGGAGGGAGGGAAAAAUGGAUUCCUGGGCACGUAGCCCCUAUGAAUCAGAGCCUCUUGGAAAGGAAUCGAAUGAAUACGAACAAAAUGAUUUAAGGAUGACUCACAAAGAAUGGGACAAAGAAGUAGAAGCCACUGAAAAACUGAUGGAGUUGUGUGAUGAGCCAAGAGACCGUCCUCAGAGGCCUGACAGCAGAGACAGCCGCACCAGCCGUGACUCCCGGGCCAGUAAGGAUUCUUUUGAGAGGUGUUCAAGCCUUUCCACAUCGCGAGAAAAGAAAAUGGAAAUUACUUCUUGGGCAGAUGCUACAUAUGAGUAUGAUGACUACUACAGGACUGAAAAUAACAGUAACAGAGAUGAGUUUGCUCGUGACUCCACAUACCAGGAGUCUCCAAAAAAGGGAGAUUGCAAAGAAGAAAGGCCAAGUAGCAAAGGAAGUGCAGAGAAGGAAUUGAGCCCAAAAGAAAAUGCCAUGACGAGUGAAGAAAAGGAGGCCCAGGAAACCUUGAAGGAAGCCGCUCGUUCUACCCAUGCUCCCGCACCUAUUACGCGAGAGAGGUUAGAAGCUUCCGACAAGGAAAAGGAGAUAAGGAAGAACAUGACCACUUUGAAGAAGUCUGUUCAGGGAGAAAUAGUCAAGAAACCCGAAGUGAAAGAGGUGGUCCACAGCAAGGAACAGAGGGAUAACGUCUGGUCGAGCCGUUCAAAAAACGCCGAACGCUCCCGCCCCGAUUCCAGCGGCACGGGAACAGCAGCCAGCAGUGCAGGCAGCAGUUUGACCAAAGCCGUGGAGUCCAACAUUUGGGGCGCAGCCAAAACAACACCCACAAACAGCGAGAGCACCACCCCAAUCACCGCCGCAACCACAACAGCAGCGGUGAGCCAGGUCAGCAGCAGCAGCAGCAGCAACACCACAGCCAACACCAACUGCAACAGCAGCACCAACAGCAGCAGCACUACAACCAUCCACACAAACACCACAACACCAGUAGAGGCAAUGCCAGGGAGGGUGCCUACGCCACAGGGCAUUGGUUCGAAACCCACCAACCCUCCACAGCCACAGAUGCAGUCUCAGCAACAGCCAAUGCAGCAAACAGCUCAGCAGCAGCAGCAACUGCCUCAGCAGCUGCCACAUCAGCAGCAGCAACAGCAGCAGCAGCAGCAGAAACCACCACAGGCGAGCCCACCACCACCACCAUCACCCAAUCCACAAUCAGAACAGCAGCAGCUGGCCAGGACCACAUCAGACACAACCACCCCCACCACAACUACGGCCACCGCCACCACCCUCGCACCAGGAUCUUCUCCAACAGUAACCGCUGGAGGAGAGACCGUUGAAGGAGUAGGAAGUAGUGGAGGAGGAGGGGGUGAUGUGGCUGAGCGGGAGAGUGCUGAACGGGGCGGGGGCAGUAAAUCCUUAUCUUCUGGGAAUCGGGCAAGCAGGGGAAGUAGAAGUGAGUCAUCUCGAAGUGGAGGACGUGGUGGCUCUAGAGGUAGCACGUAUCCAGUUUAUCGUGGAGGACGAGGGACCCGUGGGACUGAGUACACCCGGAGAAGUAGGGGUCCCCCACCAAGGUUCCAAAAGAGGAGCUACCGAGAUGAAGAUUACUAUUAUUAUGAGGAGUAUCAUCCUCGUAUGCAUAGAGAACGCAAGGAUGAUAGAACUGCAAGCUGUGACGGUGACUGGAGCAGUACCAACAUGCAAUCCGAGAAAGGAAGUGGUGGUGGGAGCAGUGGAGGAGGAGCAGGAACCGUGAACUUCGGCAGUGGGUCAUCCUUAUCCAACAGCCGGGAGGAGAGCGGUGAUGGUGAGCGCUCCCAGUUUGGUCGAGGUGGCGGCCGGGGGCGAGGGGAUACCAGGCGGGGAGGCUCCAGGGGUGGUGGAGGUUCAGGAGGAAGUGUUGGACCUCCCAGCCAUGGAGGAGGAGGAGGAGGAGGAGGGGGCCGGGGGCGGUCAGCACCAGGUGUUAGUGGAGGAGGAGGAGGAGGAGGAAGUGGUGGUGGUGGUGGUGGUGGUGGCGGCAGCAGUAGUGGCAAAUCGGGGCAAACUGAAGAGGGAGGAAAACAUGCCAGUGUUGAUGGUGGGUCUCAGGACGCAGCUAUUGCUGCGAGUCGCAAAUUGCAGCAGAGCAGGUAUGACCGUAUGCCACCCAGAUUCCAGAAGAGGAGAGAUUUUGAGCGGGAGAGGCGUGGUGGUGGUGGUGGUGGUGGCGGAAGUAACAAGAGAGGGCGUGUUAGUCAAGUCGCAGGUACAAUGUCUGGAUCGGGGUCGGCAACAACAUCAACCGCUAAUUCUGUAAAAAAUGGCAUGAAAGAAGGAACCCCCGAGACAACAGAAGAGGCAGAUUGGGAGACGGCCUCAGAGAGCAGUGAUCCAGAGGCUCGUAAGGAGAACAAAGAGAAGAGUAGCAGCAGCAGCAGCACCAGCAAGAUAGAACAUCACCAGCCCUCACAUCCACACCGCAAGGGUAGCAAGACUGAAAGGAAGAUAGGAGGUGGAGGAGGAGGAGGCAGCAACGGCGGGAGUGGGAUGUGGCCCCCGUCUUCCUCGUCAGCAGGUGGGGGCUUAGCACUGGGACGUAAUUCCCUUGGCAAAGACAAUAAAGCGGAGAGUCCAGGUGCUCCCCAGAGUUCUAGCCAACAACAACCACAACAGCAACAGCAGAGGUUUGGUGAGAAGAAGGCUCCUCCCCCCAAAAAUGAGAAAGCUAUUAAGAAUGGUCCCUCAGGUGGUGGUGGUGGAAAGGGCAUCACUAAGAAUGAAACUACUACUCUCAAACAAGUGCAUGAAAUAAAGAUAAACCCUAGCAUGGUACACCAGGCUCUCUCUGAAGUCACCAACAAAAGUAGUAGUUCAAAGCCCAAGCAAGAGAAAGCCAACCCAUUGGAGGGCAUCGACUUGAAUAAUUAUGCUAGUGUUGUGAUAGUUGAUGACCAACCCCAGGUUUCGGAACUCAUCAGCGAUAUAUUGGAUGCCAAUGAUGGGUUUAAGGAAGUAACAAAGCGGAAGACUGGCAAGGAGAAGAACAAAGGUCCUCUUGAUGAGCCGUGUGGCACCAUAACAGCUGUUGCUACUGAACCUGUUUCUGCUGGAGUUGCAACCAAUGUUGGUAGCCCUGCACCAACUGCUGCUUCUAAGAAACAAGCUAAGGAAAAGAAAAGUCGACCUAGUAAGUCUGGAGGGUUUGAGAGAUCCAGGCAGAGUAAGUUGCCUCCCAGAUUAGCUAAACAGAGAGAAAACAAUCGCAUUAAUGCAAUGAAAUCGUCUGCUGCAGCUGGUUCUAGUAGUCCUGUGGAAUCUCCUACCAAUACUCUGUUCCCAGUGAAAGACUCCACAUCUGCUAGUGGGUCUAUACCUCCCCCACCGAAGAAUGCAUGGGACAAGCCUUUGACAGCUGCUCUACGAGCUAACUCGCCGUCUCAGGCUACAAUAACCAUGGAUGGAACAAAUCCAUCUGCUGCCAAGCCAGUGUCCUUUGAUAAUCAUGACAGUGGUGUAGAAAUUAGUGAUCAACCAAAUUCUGGUGGGAGUAGUCAACGCUCAAGCCCUAGUGAUGAUCCCACUACCACUAACUUUGCGAAAGUGGACAAAAGUACAUUAGAUGGCACGUCUGUUCCUUCACAGACAAUUAUUAUUGAGAACACAAACUUCAAAGCUGCAGGAAUGGUUAAUGCUACAGUUGGAGCUGAAUACAAAGCCAAGUUUGGAGAUGCUCCCAAACCUCAGAGGCAAAGGGAGAACAGAGACAGGAAAAGUGUAUCCCCCGACUCAACGUUGUCUUUGAAGGAAGAAAAGGAUAAGUCUGAAAAGGCAGAACCUAUUGAGCUCCCCUUAAGUUUUCCAACUAAAGUUGAGGAGAGUGGUGCUGAUAUGAAAUUAGAUUUCACUUUUGAUUCUGGAUUAGCUGAGGUCCCUGGUUCUGUAACCACAAAAGGCAUUAGUUUGCCUCGGUCACUUGUUAUGACCACGGGUAGUAUGCAGAGCCCAAUAUCACCGUCGACGGAUGAUCUCAACUUGAAGAUUGCAUCUGUUAAGAAAGUGUGGGAGACCAUGGCACCUGUACCAGAACAUGCUGAAGAUGUUACAAGCUCGGUAGCAUUUUCUAGUCCAAGCUUGUCUGCAGUUGACAGUGUAGCUGGACUAGAUCAUUCUCCUGCAUUGGAAGCCUCUUUCACACCUAAGGAUUCGCCAGCUGUAGUGGGCUCAUGUGAAGAUCCUACUCAGGAUGUGGGAGGUGGAUAUCAGGGAGGAUCCCCACUGCAACAAGGAGCAGCAAUGGCCAGUGCCAUGGUCUAUACAUCUGUAGCAGCAGCUUACACCUCCAAUGCAGCCGCCUCUUUAACAAAAGCUGAAGUCAGUCGAUCUGGAAAUGUCUGCAAGGUUAAACCUCAACAGCAAGCAACAAGCAAUUCUGUGUCACCAGGGCCAGGUGGUUCAUCUCUUGGGAUAACGGGGUCUCUCUCGCCUCCUUUAGCUUCUGGUUCUGCUGGUCCUUCAAGUAGUAUGUAUCAGACUUUAGGAAGCACAGCUCCCUUUGGAGGCAUUGGUGGAGCUAUUCCUUCCCCUCCAAUGAUGUUUAACUCAAACCAACAACUACCCCAAACAGGUCUGUACCAGCCAUUCCUGGAUGGAACGCCAGUACUUGGGCAAAGAGGUGCAUCACAGUUUUCCCAAUACCCACCUUAUGGGUUAGGUCAGGGGUUAAGUAGUAAUGCCUUUGGUCAGCAGUCAAUGUUUUUACAAACUCCUCCACCUCUCACCACUCCUGACUUAUAUACCAACAAUCUGUCACAGUAUCGAUUGCAGCCUACCGCAGGUGUUACAGGGUUUGGGCAAAGUCAACCCCAGAACCAAAACACUGUGCUUAUUUCAUCAGCAUCCAAUUCACUCAUGUCAUCGGCAGUGAAACCUUCGUCACAAACGUUUGGCAACUCUCAACAGAAUUUCGGUACCAUUGGGUCUAAGGCUGGCACACCAUUCCAGCAGAGUGGCUUAGGGACUGCCUUACAAGGUGGACCACAGCCCUCUCAAUUGUACAUAUAUGAUCCCAGCCAGCCCAUGGGUCUUUUAGGGUCUCAGUUGGUCCAAAGGCCUGGUGUCCAAAAUUCUGUUAUUCAGGCUAUUCAGCCCCCAAGCUCCUUCUACUCAAAUAAUGGGGCAGCAGGUGCUCCUGGGGCACCUCCUCCAACAGCCCCUCCCACAGGCCCAGGGGGACCACAGCAGGCAUCUGUGGCAGCUGCAGCAGCAGGGUUUUAUACAGCUUCUGGGUCACCACUUCAAGCAGCAGUCCAACAACAAGCCCAGCCACCUUUACAAACACCACCAACAGCCUACAGCUUGCAAGGCUUUGGCAAUCAGUCUCAAGGACCAGCCGGUGUAGGGAUGCAGGGGUUUGGGUCAAGUAUGAGCCUGGCAGCACAGCAGAUAGGAGCGCAGGCUUUUCGUGGAGGUCCAACUCUUCAAGCUAGCUUUCUCAAAUCUCUGCAACCAGGAGCCAACAUACAGGACACCGCAACACGGCAACAACUGAAAUCUCCAGGGGCAGCACAGAAUUCUUUCUCAUCUGCGUUUUUUCCCCCAUCAAGUGGCAUAUCAUCAGUGAACAGCAGUGGUAACAGCAGCUGCAAUACUAAUAGCAGCAGUAAUCACAGUGGCUCUGGCAUCCCUCAGAUAUCGUCGCCCAAGACACAGAAUCGCAAGAUGACCACCCAGUCAGGCUUAUCUCAUCAGAGCUCAAAUCGAAAUGCAUCUUAUACCACACAGAAUGCAUCACAAAUGAUGAGUGGUAGCCUUAGGUCUUCAGGGAUGGUGAUGGGCCUUAGAGGCCAACUUCCAAUGGGAAGCCAGAGUGGUGGCUUAGGGGGACCUACUGCUGGUAUGGGUGGGACUAGUUCUCGAUUUUCCAACCCAGGCCCCAUCCAGCGACCUCCAGCCUCUCAGGGACCAGGAGCUAAUAGCAGCCAUCGCAGUGGCCGAGGCCAGUCUCAAGGUCAGCAGCAACAGCAGCAGCAACAACAAACCCAGCAAAGGAGUUCAAAUCCUCCAAGCUCGGCCCAGCAAGCAAAACUCAGAGCUGAUGCUCUGAGCACAACUCAGGCUUUCUUUAACCGAGAUGCAAAUAAAUCAGAGAAGAAGAUAGAGGAUAAGCCUUCGGAUUCUAUCACAUCCAAAGAUGAUAUGUCUUCAGACAAAGUUUCUGCAACCCCUGCUACUGUUGCUGAUGGCCCACCAAAGUGAAACAGGCUGAAUCUGAUAUUUUAAGAGUUUAAGAGAAAAAUAAAGAAAUAAGUGAAUUUUCUCUGUAUUUAUACAUAGGUGAUAUGGACUGGGAAUUAUAAUUCUGAUGGUGGUGACUAAUAGAAUUUCAGUUAUUGUUUAUUUAUGACAAAGUGUAUAAAUGGAAAAAAAAAAAUCAUGACAUACUUUUGUUUAUGUCAAGUGGUAAUGAGUAUUUUGCCAGGAACAAAAUAUUUGUGGUUUAUAUGUAGAAACAAAGUGCAUUCUGUAUUGCAGUGAUUUUUCCUUCUUUUUGAAAAUAUGCUUUUUCAGUGCAGUGCUAGAAACAUAGACAUAACCAAUGCUAUGGAUUCUUUUACUCUUAAAAAAAAAGUGUUUUAUGCAUGUGAAACGGUGCAUAUAUAGUUACUUUGGGUUUAUUUUUUUUCUUUAUUGUAUCUUGCUGAAAACUUAAAGGAUGGUUUAGUGGGAAAGGCACUCUCUCAAGUGCUGGUUCAUAUUGUUAUAUUACACAUCUGGAAGAAGUGUGUGAUGCACCAAGUCUCUCUUCUACUAGUUCUUAAUCCCUAAUGUUGGGUUUUUCUUAACUCCAAACAUGGUCAUGUUAAUGAAAGGAUCAAUAUUUCUUGGACGUAGUACAGAAUAGGAUUAGAAAGGAUCGUUUUUCUUUUUCUUUUUCCAAAAGAGGAGGGAGUAUAUCAUGCUGUAGAAAGAUAUAUUCCUCAUCAUCAUUUAAAGAGUAAUGUUAAUAUAAUAAAAGCCAGAGACAUUGUGAGUGGCAUUUAUUUAGAGAAAUGCAGGUUUCCAGAGAAAUUAUUCAAAGAAAUUUAUGUCAUGAUGAUAAGUUUAGACUUAAAAAUUAUGCAAAAGAUGAGUUGUCCCUCUCGUCAUGUACAUGGGGAAGGCCUGACUUAUUCUUUGCCAUUUUCUAUGAAGGAAUAAUAGUAAGGAUACAAGGGAGGUCACCUCUGACGGUGUUUCGACUGCUGGACACGGCGCCAACCUACUGCUGAGGAACCUGGGGCCACUGCUUUACCUACCUUAUAAUUGGACAUAUGGCGACAGAAUAUAUAUAUAAAAGUAUAUAUAUCCAUAUUCCCCCCUUACUAUUACCCUUUUAAUUGCCACAACGUAUGUAUCAUGUACGGAAAACAAAAAAUUUAGUGAAAGCGAACGAGAGGGGCUUCUUGAUGUACCCACAGGGCCUCUCGGUUGCGGUGGCACACUGCCCCUGAUGCUGCUGCCUCCUUGUUGUGCCAGAAUAGAGCUUCGUGGGUCAUCAUCCUGUUCUUUUCUCUCCUCGUGAGUUAGUGGCAUUUUACCAUGUAUGACUUGAUCGUUCCCCUCAUUGUUACGCUGUUAAAUAGCGCACUUUGGGCAACUCUGGGAUGGCUUCGUGUUGCUUCACGUGGCUGUGGCAGCUAGCCGGUGUGGUUCAGUAAACUAUACAUGAAUAUGAUAUACAUAAAUCUAAGUUGGCGGAGGCCUCGUUCCCUUGCCCCAACCACACUUGGCGUAACCACUACCCACGUGGCACGCCUAUGUCACAGUUUUUAAUUUUAAUUGGCCCCACACUAUUGAAUACUUGGAUGGGACUCUUUUUACACCCCUCUGCUUUUAUACUACUGAAUCAGAGCGAGUGAGGGGUGUAUUGCCGCCUCAGACACUCCUAGCAGCAAGCUCAACACACCUACUUGUGUAGUUGUCUUAUUGCAAUAAACUCGAUGUCUCCUGA